UUCUUUAAUUCGACACACAUCAAACAGGCAAGAUGAAGGCAGCUUGUGCGUUGAUCUGCCUCGCUCUCGCCCAAGGCAUCUCGGGCAGCAUCUUCAAGCAGCAGGGGCGUAUCGUCGACGACCUCGAUAUCCAGCCGCUCGAGUACAUCGACCAACAGCAACGUCAACAAUGGAACCAGCGCCAACUUACACUCCAGAACCAGCAGAACCGCGAUUGGUCUCAGAGCCAAGAGCUCCGUGAGCAGCCUGUUGUGGGUGUUGCGCAGUACCAGCACGCCUACCGGAACAUGCCUACCCAAGACUCCCAAGAACAGCGCUUCGUCUACAGACGCCCGAUAUACUGGCAUAACCACCAUCACCAGAAGACUCACCGCCACUCAAACAGCGGCAGCUCUCAGGAAUCUAAGGAAAUUAGAUACAACGUCAACCAGGAAGCCACUCUGCAAGAUGAGAGCCAAAUGUGGAACCCCGUUCUCCAGAACACAGUCAUGAACCAAGACACCCCGAAUGUCCAAGCUUUCGGAGACGCCAUUAUCUGGAGUGGAAUACAAAUGGCUGCAGGUCCCAACGCUCCCGUGCAGAACGAGAAAGAUAUCGAGAAAAUCUUCGGUGACGCUCGUAAUGCUAUGACGCACAUUAAAGAAACCGACAAGACCAAGUUCCACGAAGUGUUUGAAAUCGCCAGACAAGAAAACAACGAAGAUGCUCUGCUCAACGCCACUCAGCUGGCCCAAAAGUACCAGUACCCUAUUGAGGAACAUACCAUCACCACCGAUGAUGGAUACAUCCUCACUGUCUUCAGAAUGCCUCCUAAAAAGCUGGUACGUGACGUUCAGAAGAGACCUGUCGUGUUCUUGAUGCACGGAGUCCUCGGAAGUGCUGAUGACUGGUUACUUAUGGGCCCUGGUAAAUCCCUUGCCUACAUGCUGUCCGACGCAGGCUACGAUGUAUGGCUCGGUAACGCCCGUGGUAACAAGUAUUCGAGACGUCACGUGAGCAAGAGCCCAGCUGUGUGGGACUUCUGGCAAUUCAGCAACGAUGAAAUCGCUCUCCACGACUUGCCGGCUAUGAUCGAUUAUGCUUUGGAAAUUUCGCAACAAGAAAAACUUUACUACAUCGGUCACUCGCAGGGAACCACAGCCUUUUUCGCGUUGACUGCCACCCGACCUGAAUACAACAACAAGAUCAUCAUGAUGUACGCCCUGUCACCUAUGGUAUACAUGUCAAACGUACGUAGCCCGUUGUUCCGUAUGAUUGCACCAACGAGCCAAUUCCAGCAAAGGCUGAAAACUCAAUUUGGAUACGGUGCCUUUACUCCUAGCAAGGAGUUGAUUCACACCAUCGGCGGCGUUUUGUGCGAGAGUGAAAUUGGUUGCAAGAAAGUCUGCUCUAACUUGAACUUCGUGAUGGCUGGUGUUAAUGUCGACGGUAUGGAUGCCAACAUGCUCCCCAUUGUGAUGAGACACUUGCCAGCUGGUACUUCUACUAAGGUUAUCAGGCAAUACGGCCAAGGCGUUGCUUCCCAGGAAUUCAGAAGAUUCGACUACGGUGCCGAGAUGAACCAGCAGGCGUACGGCACACUGGAGCCGCCUAAAUACGAUAUGACAAUGGUGCAAGCCCCCGUGACUCUCUACUACAGCACAGAGGACUGGCUCGCUCAUCCUCAGGACGUGAUGAGACUACAGAAAGAGCUCCCCAACGUAACAGAAGCCUACAAGGUGCCUGUCGAUCACUUCAGCAACAUGGACUUCCAGUUCUCGACCAAGGCUCCUGAAGUAGUCUACACCCGCAUCAUUGAAUCCAUGAAGAACAUCCAUUGAUCAUAUUUUAUCCAAGAGGACUGUAUAAAUUAUUAUUUUGAAAUACUUAGAUGUAUCUUUUUUUACAUACUUAAUUAAGUUAUUUUUUACCUCUCUGGCGAUUAAAUAAAUCCGUCCAUUACUUAAAA